AUGCUUUGUCAGGCUCACUCUGAGUUACAAGCCAAAGCUGCAGACAGGGAGGUUCCUCCCACUAAAUGGGCCUUAUAUAAACCUUCCCAUGUCUGCACUUUGGACCCUAUAUGCCUGAGAGUGAGCAAGGACACUCCAGGGAGGAUGAGUGGGAUCAGUCAUCCUGGGAUCCUGCUGACCCUAGCUGUUGGCCUCAGUCUAUGCAGUAAGUGAACUUUAAUAACUGCUGGUGAAUGGGAGAGAAAGUGAGAUUAUCUCUUAUUGUGCCGACUGAAAUACACAGGAUUAUUCACUCGGGAGGAAGGAAGAAAGUAUAACUGAGUAAGGAUGAGGGACACUUAAUGGAGUAAGACAGAGACACGGAUGGAUGGAUGGAUGGAUGGAUGGAUAGAUAGAUAGACAAAUAGAUAGAUAGAUAUUGGAUAGAUGGAUGGAUGGAUAGAUAGAUGGAUGGAUAGACAGACAAACAGAGAGAGAUGGAUGGAUGGAUAGAUAGAUAGAUAGAGAUAUGGACGGACAGACAGCGUUAAUACAAGUUUAUGAAAGUAUUAAUGCUCAGAAUAUGGCAUUAGUGACUUGAAGAGGAGUAAAGUGAUGCAGACUCAAUUAUUCAAUGAAUGGGGUAACACACUCAGUAUUACGUACUAUCACACGGGGGCUGAGUAUCACUCAUUGGAAUGGGGUAACACACUCAAUAUUAAAUACUAUUACACGGAGGCUGAGUAUUACUCAUUGGAAUGGGAUAACACACUCAGUAUUAAAUACUAUCACACGGGGGCUGAGUAUCACUCAUUGGAAUGGGGUAACACACUCAGUAUUACUUACUAUCACACGGGGGCUGAGUAUCACUCAUUGGAAUGGGGUAACACACUCAGUAUUACGUACUAUCACACGGGGGCUGAGUAUCACUCAUUGGAAUGGGGUAACACACUCAGUAUUACGUACUAUUACACGGAGGCUGAGUAUUACUCAUUGGAAUGGGGUAACACACUCAGUAUUAAAUACUAUCACACAGGGGCUGAGUAUCACUCAUUGGAAUGGGGUAACACACUCAGUAUUAAAUACUAUCACACAGGACUGAGUAUCACUCAUUGGAAUGGAGUAACACACUCAGUAUUAAAUACUAUCACACGGAGGCUGAGUAUCACUCAUUGGAAUGGAGUAACACACUCAGUAUUAAAUACUAUCACACAGGGGCUGAGUAUCACUCAUUGGAAUGGGGUAACACACUCAGUAUUAAAUACUAUCACACAGGACUGAGUAUCACUCAUUGGAAUGGAGUAACACACUCAGUAUUAAAUACUAUCACACGGAGGCUGAGUAUCACUCAUUGGAAUGGAGUAACACACUCAGUAUUAAAUACUAUCACACGGAGGCUGAGUAUCACUCAUUGGAAUGGAGUAACACACUCAGUAUUAAAUACUAUCACACGGAGGCUGAGUAUCACUCAUUGGAAUGGAGUAACACACUCAGUAUUAAAUACGAUCACACGGGGGCUGAGUAUCACGCAUUGGAAUGGGGUAACACACUCAGUAUUAAAUACUAUUACACAGGGGCUGAGUAUCACUCACUGGAAUGGGGUAACACACUCAGUAUUAAAUACUAUUACACGGGGGCUGAGUAUCACUCAUUGGAAUGGAGUAACACACUCAGUGUUUAAUGACAGUUAUACUCAGUAUAAGGCAGUAUUGCUGUCUGAUAGUUAAUAAUACUCAGUAGGGGCAGUAUUGCUCUCUCACAGUUAAUAAUACUCAGUAUCAGAUAGUUAAAAUACUCAGUAUCAGGCAGUAUUGCUCUCUCACAGUUAAUAAUACUCAGUAUCAGAUAGUUAAAAUACUCCGUAUCAGGCAGUAUUACUGUAUGAUAGUUAAUAAUACUCAGUAGGGAGCAGUAUUGCCCUCUGACCGUUAAUAAUACUCAGCAGGGGGCAUUAUUGCUGUCUGAUAGUUAAUGAUACUCAGUAUGUGGCAUUAUUGCUCUCUGACAGUUAAUAAUACUCAGCAGGGGGCAUUAUUGCUGUCUGAUAGUUAAUAAUACUCAGUAGGGAGCAGUAUUGCCCUCUGACCGUUAAUAAUACUCAGCAGGGGGCAUUAUUGCUGUCUGAUAGUUAAUAAUACUCAGUAGGGGGCAGUAUUGCUGUCUGAUAGUUAAUAAUACUCAGUAGGGGGCAGUAUUGCUGUCUGAUAGUUAAUAAUACUCAGUAGGGAGCAGUAUUGCCCUCUGACCGUUAAUAAUACUCAGCAGGGGGCAUUAUUGCUGUCUAAUUGUUAAUAAUACUCACUAGCUGGCAGUAUUGCUGUCUGACAGUUAAUAAUACUCAGUAGUGGGCAGUAUUGCUGUCUGAUAGUUAAUAAUACUCAGUAGGGGGCAUUAUUGCUGGCUGAUAGUUAAUAAUACUCAGCGGGGGCAGUACUGCUGGCUGAUAGUUAAUAAUACUCAGUAGGGGGCAUUAUUGCUGUCUGAUAGUUAAUAAUACUCAGUAGGGGGCAGUAUUGCUGUCUGAUAGUUAAUAAUACUCAGUAGGGGGCAGUAUUGCUGUCUGAUAGUUAAUAAUACUCAGCAGGGGGCAGUAUUGCCGUCUGAUAGUUAAUAAUACUCAGUAGGGAGCAGUAUUGCCCUCUGUCCGUUAAUAAUACUCAGCAGGGGGGCAUUAUUGCUGUCUGAUAGUUAAUAAUACUCAGUAGGGAGCAGUAUUUCUGUCUGAUAGUUAAUAAUACUCAGUAGGGGGCAUUAUUGAUGUCUGAUAGUUAAUAAUACUCAGUAGGGGGCAGUAUUGCUGUCUGAUAGUUAAUAAUACUCAGCAGGGGGGCAGUAUUGCCGUCUGAUAGUUAAUAAUACUCAGUAGGGAGCAGUAUUGCCCUCUGACCGUUAAUAAUACUCAGCAGGGGGGCAUUAUUGCUGUACUCAAUAGGGGGCAGUAUUGCUGUCUGAUAGUUAAUAAUACUCAGUAGGGGGCAGUAUUGCUCUCUGACAGUUAAUAAUACUCAGUAGGGGGCAUUAUUGCUGUCUGAUAGUUAAUAAUACUCAGUAGGGGGCAGUAUUGCUGUCUGAUAGUUAAUAAUACUCAGUAGGGGGCAGUAUUGCUCUCUGACAGUUAAUAAUACUCAGUAUCAGAUAGUUAAUAAUACUUAGAAUGUUUAAACAUCUCACAGGAAUACAGCUAUUUGUAAUGAGAAUAAUGUGUCACAAUUAAACUUGUGCACAAAUGCAUUUCAGGAGCUGAGAACAAAUCAGAUUAUUUUUACUCUAUGAGUGAACAAACCGAUUUGUACAGGAUUUCCCACUGGAGUCGGACAGUUAAUUUGGGCAUAGAUUACAAGGAAUCUGAUUUGUUUGUGCCACCUGAACCGCAUUUGUCUAGUCACAACUAGAAUACAGUAAUUAACAUUCUGAUUGCGUGUUUCUGUGUGUUUUUGUAGAUUAUCCAGUGUUCUAAUUAGGCAUGUGCACUUCGUUUUGUUCCGAAUGUACAUUUGUACGAAUUUCAUGCCAUUCAGACAUUCGGAUGCUUACGAAUGUCCGAAGUGCUAGGGUUCCAAAGUGCCGAAGUGAUUUGGAUUUCUGAAAAGUGGCAAAACAAGUGAGAGGGAGGGAAAAUGAUGUGAAUGAUGACAGGAAUCUUAGCCAGUAAGCUAAUUCCUUUUGUGCAAUGUAAUGCUUGCUUGCCCAAUCCGGUUUCACUAUUCACUGUCCAAUGAAAUGAGCUAUUUUUGUGAUUUAUGUUAGAGGACAGCCAAUUAUUAUUAUUAUUAUAAUUAUUGCCAUUUAUAUGGCGCCAACAGAUUCUGAAGCGCUUUCCAAUAUUGGUGAUUUUGUCACUGACACACAGAGUCAUUGAGGUGGGAUAGUACAUAAAUCAGGCUUGCAUUCAUGUGACCAGACUGGUUGUGAUAUCACAAGAGACUGAGAGAGAUAAAUUACAUUACAUUUAUUGGAUUUUACUCGGGGAGCCACAUAGAUUUUAAAUGUGUGUUCGAGAGAGGGGGAGUCAGAGAGAGAAAUAGAGAGAGAGAGUGAUAUAUAUAUAUAUAAAAAGAGAGAGAGAGAGUGAUAUAUAUAUAAAAAAAGAGAGAGAGAGAGUGAUAUAUAUAUAUAAAAAGAGAGAGAGAGAGAGAGAGAGAGAGAGAGAGCUUUGCCUUUUCCUUCUUCUGCAUUUUGUUUCUUUGUUUUAAGAGGGGGGCAGUGGGUUAGUAAGUGUGUGGCUGUGUAAGCCAGGUAGUCUGAUUGCCAUUGUGCCUCUCUGCUGCACUGUGACUUUGCUGCACUGAUUAAGUUUUAUUUUUUUAGUUUUAUGUCAUUUGAUUUAAAUAAAAAUGUAAUAAAACAAAAGAAAUCAUAAUGGAUCCUCCUCACAUUCUUCCCUCUCUCACACACUCUCUCACUCGCUCAUUCACACUCUGCUCACUCUCUGUUCUCACUCUCUCCUCACCCUCUGCUCUCACACUCUGCUCACUCUCUGCUCUCACUCUCUGCUCUCACUCUGCUCUCACUCUGCUCUCACACUCUAACACUCUGCUCUCACACUCUGCUCUCUCUGUUCUCACUCUCUCCUCACUCUCUGCUCUCACUCUCUGUUCUCACACUCUAACACUAUGCUCACCCUCUGCUCUCAACCUCUCCUCACACUGCUCACUCUCUGUUCUCACCCUCUGCUAACACUCUCUUCACCCUCUGCUCUCACUCUCUCCUCACUCUCUGCUCUCUCUCUGUUCUCACCCUCUGCUAACACUCUCUUCACCCUCUGCUCUCACUCUCUCCUCACUCUCUGCUCUCUCUCUGUUCUCACACUCUGCUAACACUCUGCUCUCACAUUCUGCUAACACUCUGUUCUCACACUCUGCUAACACUCUGCUCUCACUCUCUCCUCACCCUCUGCUCUCACCCUCUGCUCACUCUCUCCUAAACUCUCCACAAAGAUGGUGUCACAUGGGUGGGAUUAUAUAGUGUGCAGAAGUGUUGCAUGCUGGCAGUGCUCCCUGAUUGACUGCACUAUCUGUGCAGUGAAAAUAUCAUCCAUUUUGUAAAUUGUAUAUAUACUAAACUAACAUUAUCAACUAAACCCAGACCACUUCUUUAAGAUUAAGUGGUCUGGGUGCUGCUGUGGUCCACUAUGCAAUGUAAAACAUUGCUCUUUAAGAAAAAAACACACAAAUGUUUAUUUUAAAAAAUGAACGACAUUCCGAACUGACAUGCAGAACUGCAGAAUGCCAGAAAUGAAUGCCCGAAUGCCGCUUUCCCGAAUGCCAAGUGCACGAAUGCCGAAUGUCCAAAACAAAAUGCCAUUUAUCAGUUCAGAAGUGCUGAAUGCCUGAAACAAAUGACAUGCAGAACUGCUGAAUGCCUGAAAUGAAUGCCCAAAUGCUGAAUGUCCGAACCGAAUGUCAUUUAGCAGAUCCGAAGUGCUAUCGGUCCGAAUUGCCGAAGCAGACACAUUUUUUUACUUGCCCAAUUUUCCGAACCAAAUGUUUUGCCCGUGCACAUACCUAGUUCUAAGUCAUAUAAAUGACCACGUUAUUGUGUUACCAUUCUGUAACACUCUAUUGAUUGCUUUAAGUUUAUUUACAGCGCUAACACAUAACACCAUGCGCACAAAUUCUAUUAAUUAAUAUCAUUUUUCUACUUACAGAUGAACAGUUUAAGGUUUGCAGAGACCCCAAAGCAAAAUUAAUAGGACCCUCAGGUGAGUGUGACAACUUAAAUAAGAAUGAUUUAUUGAUGAAUUUAUAGAAUGAUAAUUUAUAGAAUUAUUGAUCGAAGAGGUACCAAGGGACCUAGUGGUAAUGUCUGACCCUGACAGCUCAGCAUGCUCAGCUAAUGAAUUUCCUGUUCUGUAAAUUUUACACACUCACCCUUGUAAAAUGCCCCUUUGAAGGGCCCGGCACUUUACUAAAUUAGGAAGAAAAAUACUCAUUUAUGUUCCAUCUUCUGACCUUUUUGAGUUGACAAUGUACGGGAAAGGAAAUUUGCCAGAGCAAUUUCAACUAGGGUUUUUGUAAUGUACAAUAUAUAACUGUAUCCAGGGUGAAAAGAUGCCAUAUCAUAAGGUAGUUGUUUAUUUGUUUGCUCUUUUUUUCAGAUGUUUUGGGGACUUUUCCCAUAUGCGAUGGAUCCCCAGGCUACUUCCAGAUUUCUGGUGUUUCUACAAGUAAGUGUCCAUUUCUGAGUAUGUUGCUCAUCAUUACUCACUAUUCUAUGACAUUGUGUCACCUAGUAUGGAGAGGAAUAGACUCAUUGUCAUUUCCAUUGUUUGCCCUGUUCAUUAUAGGUCCUUCUGGAGAAACUAUCUUACAGUUCAUGGAUGGGUCCCAAGGCUCCAUGAGCAGUUUAUCUUCUUCUGGAAUGGCCCUCGGAUCAGCUGGUGGGGGGAGUAGCUCUCAUUCCUCUGUCAUCUCGGGCAGUUCUUCUAACACAGUUAUCCAAGGCAGUUCUGGAUCAGUUAUUGUUGGAGCUAUUGGAGGAGGAGGUGGUGGUGGUGUUGGAGGUAGUUCUUCUAACUGGAUGGGUUCUUCUUCUGGAUCAGUUGGAGGUGGAUCAGUUGGAGGUGGAUCUCACCAAAGCUCUGUUAUACAAGGGGCAGGAAGCAAUGUCCCUAUACGUGUAGGAGGGGGUGGAGGUUCAUUCUCUGGAGGAACAGGUGGAGGAGGAGUGUGGUCUAGUGGAGGACAAGGAGGGAUGGGAGGUGUAGGAGGAGGAAGUUCUAUCCAACAAAGCUCUGGGACAAUACAUGGCACAGGAAGCAAUAUCAUAAUACAAGGAGGUGGAGGUUCAUUUUCUGGAGGAACAGGCGGAGGUUCAUUUUCUGGAGGAACAGGUGGAGGUGGACAAUGGUCUGGCGGAACAGGUGGAGGUCAAGGAGGAUUUGCUGGUGGAGGAGGACAAGGAGGAUUUGUUAGUGGUGGAGGAGGAAGCUCUUUUCAGCAGAGCUCUGUAAUACAGGGGGCAGGAGGAGGUUCAUUUUCUGGAGGAACAGGUGGUGGAGGAUCCUGGGCUGGUGGAGCAGGAGGAGGACAAGGAGGAUUUGGUGGUGGUGGAGGAGCAAGCUCUGUCAUAUUUGGGGCUGGAAAUGACAUUCGGAUUCGUGAAGGAGGAGGUACCGGCUCAUUUUCUGGAGGAACAGGUGGUGGAGGAGCCUGGGGGAGUUCUGGUGGAGCAGGAGCAUGGGGCGGUGGAGGAGGUGGGGCUGGAGGAGGUGGAGCAUUUUCUGGUGGACAUGGAGGUGGAACUGGAGGAUGGGUAAGCGGCCCAGGAGCAUGGAAUAUUGGAGGAGGAGGUGGUGGUCCUUCACUUAUAUUACCAGGUAUUUUGAAUUUUAUCUACAUUGUAAAUUAUUUUAUUUAAUAAAAGCAAAAAAUAAUAAUGCUAGAAAUGUUUUUUAAAAUUGUUCUCCUACCAUUCAGGGAAACAUAAAAUGCACUUUGCUCUUUGCAUAAAAUUCACAGUAAAUGGUAGUGCAAAUUUAUCGAAGGUGCAAAAUGUAAUAAGUACAUAAAUAAAGGAACACUAUAGUGUCAAACAAAAACUAUUCAGGUCCGCUUCCCCCCCCCUUAUAUCGCAAUUAAAAGAUGAUUUUACUUACCUUUUCUCUGCCACAGCUGGCCCCGCCUCCAUGGAUGAGAUCAUCACACUUGAUGAUCUCAGCCAAUGCAAUGUUUUCCUAUAGGAAAGCAUUGGGAGCUCUAGAAACAUAGAAACAUAGAAUGUGACGGCAGAUAAGAACCAUUCGGCCCAUCUAGUCUGCCCAAUUUUCUAAUAACUUUCAUUAGUCCCUAGUCUUAUCUUAUAGUUAGGAUAGCCUUAUGCCUAUCCCAUGCAUGCUUAAACUCCUUUACUGUGUUAACCUCUACCACUUCAGCUGGAAGGCUAUUCCAUGCAUCCACUACCCUCUCAGUAAAGUAAUACUUCCUAAUAUUAUUUUUAAACCUUUGUCCCUCUAAUUUAAGACUAUGUCCUCUUGUUGUGGUAGUUUUUCUUCUUUUAAAUAUAGUCUCCUCCUUUACUGUGUUGAUUCCUUUAUAUAUUUAAAUGUUUCUAUCAUAUCCCCCCUGUCUCGUCUUUCCUCCAAGCUAUACAUGUUAAGAUCCUUUAACCUUUCCUGGUAAGUUUUAUCCCGCAAUCCAUGAACCAGUUUAGUAGCCCUUCUCUGAACCCUCUCUAAGGUAUCAAUAUCCUUCUGAAGAUACGGUCUCCAGUACUGUGUACAAUACUCCAAGUGAGGUCUCACCAGUGUUCUGUAUAAUGGCAUGAGCACUUCCCUCUUUCUACUGCUAAUACCUCUUCCUAUACAACCAAGCAUUCUGCUAGCAUUUCCUGCUGCUCUAUUACAUUGUCUGCCUACCUUUAAGUCAUCAGAAAUAAUCACCCCUAAAUCCCUUUCCUCAUAUGUUGAGGUUAGAACUCUAUCAAAUAUUCUGUACUCUGCCCUUGGGUUUUUACGUCCAAGAUGCAUUAUCUUGCACUUAUCCACAUUAAAUGUCAGUUGCCACAAUUCUGACCAUUUUUCUAGUUUACCUAAAUCAUUUGUCAUUUGGCUUAUCCCUCCUGGAACAUCAACCCUGUUACAUAUCUUAGUAUCAUCAGCAAAAAGACAUACCUUACCAUCAAGACCUUCUGCAAUAUCACUAAUAAAAAUAUUAAAGAGAAUGGGUCCAAGUACAGAUCCCUGAGGUACCCCACUGGUGACAAGUCCAAGCUUCGAAUAUAUUCCAUUAACUACAACCCUCUGUUGCCUGUCACUCAGCCACUGCCUUAACCAUUCAACAAUAUUGGAAUCCAAACUUUAAGAUUGCAGUUUAUUGAUGAGCCUUCUAUGUGCAACAGUGUCAAAAGCCUUACUGAAAUCUAGGUAAGCAAUGUCUACUGCACCACCCUGAUCUAUAAUUUUAGUUACCCAAUCAAAAAAAUCAAUAAGAUUAGUUUGGCAUGAUCUCCCUGAAGUAAACCCAUGUUGUCUCUGAUCUUGAAAUCCAUGUGUUUUUAGAUGUUCAACAAUCCUAUCCUUUAACAUGGUUUCCAUCACUUUCUACAGCUCUACAGCUCAUACUCGGCAAAACACUGCAUUGCGCCAAUCAGCAUCUCCUCAUAGAGAAUUUUCAAUCAAUGGAUCUCUAUGGGAAAUGUUCAGUACCUCCAUACAGAGUGUGGAGACGCUGACCGUCAAUGCGGCACACUGCGCAGGAAGCACCUCUAAUGGCCGUCUGAGUGACUGUCACCAGAGCUGUCUCAGAAAAGACAGUGUUUACAUGACAAUGCCUGCAGGCACACGCUAUAGACAUCAUAACAACUACAUUCAGCUGUAGUCAUUCUGGUGACUAUAGUGUCCCUAGAAUCACAAUAUUUUGGAACGGAGAUGUCAGGUCAUCAAAUUGUUUAGUGAAUUGAUAAGAAAGCUUGGCAUUGCAGGUAUUGGUGAACUAGGUCUACUGUGAUGCCGUAAUGUAAAACAUAUUAAUACAUUUAUUAUAUAAAUAGAUAUAUUUGUUACCUCCUGUUUUUCCCUCUGUUGGCUACUUCUUCACACUUCUAUAUUUAUAAAGAAAAUGGCAUGAAAAUCAGUUUACUGCAAAAUAUAUACACACUGACUGGCACAACUUUGCACCAUUUUCCAGAAACAUUCGCAUAGAGAUUCAUCCAAACCCAGACACCCCAUGGACAAAUCCCAACUUGCCCGAAAGUUUUUUCAGAUGAAUCAAUUUGGACGAACCCAGAGUCUAGCUAGUAAUCAUUCAGCUCGGUAAUUUGCUUUAGUAACUGAUCUGCUAUUCAACUAUGGGGAAAGCACUGGAUUGGCUAAAAUCGACAAGUGGGCAGGCCAAUCAGCACCUCCUUAUAGAUAUGCAUUGAAUCAAUACAUCUCUAUGAGGAAAAUUCAGCGUUCCCAUGCAGAGUGUAGAGACGCUGAAUGGCAGUGCUGCCUACUGUGCAGCACUGAGCCAGGAAGCACCUACAGUGGUCCAUCUGAGGAGUGGCCACUUGGAGGUGUCCCUGGGGGCAAUGUAAACACUGCCUUUUCUCUGAAAAGAUGUUUAUAUGAGAAUGCCUGAAGGCAGUGAUUGUACUAACCAGAACAACUACAUUGAGCUGUAGUUGUUCUGUUGAGUAUAGUGUCCCUUUAAGUAAAUGUUUCUCAAGUUAAAGGGCCACUAUAGGCACCCAGAUCACUUCAGCUUAAUGAAGUGGUCUAGGUGCCAGGUCCAGCUAGGAUUAACCCUUUUUUCUGUAAACAUAGCAGUUUCAGAGACCUGUGGGUUAAUCCAGCCUCUAGUGGCCGUCUCAUUGACAGCCGCUAGAGGGCUUCCGCGCUUCUCACUGUGAAAAUCACAGUGAGAAGACACCAGCGUCCAUAGGAAAGCAUGCACAUUCAGCCGGUGACGGAAGAAGAGGGAGGAGAGGAGGAGGAGAGCUCCCCGCCCGGCGCUGGAGAAAGAGGUAAGUUUAACCCCUUCAACCUCCUAGAGCCUGGCAGGAGGGGGACCCUGAGGGUGGGGGGACCCUCAGGGCAUUAUAGUGCCAGGAAAACGAGUAUGUUUUCCUGGCACUAUAUUGGUCCUUUAAGACAAGCGGUUGUGACUUUCACAGUAAUAUCUAUUGGGGAAUCUACGUUUUGUACCCUUUGCAUAAUCUAUGGUUUAACGUUGGACUGCAUUCACCAUGAUUCAGAAUAAUGUAACAGCUCCAGGUUUAGAUUGCACAGCCUGGGUUAGCAUACAUGUUCUCACAGAUUCACACACCAUCUCCAUGUAUGUAUUAAUGUAACCCUAAUUAUUAUAGGAGGGAUUAAUCCAGCGGACGUGCCAGUCUCCAAAGGAUGCAGUAAAGAUGCCAUGUCAGGUAAGCAAGGUAUUAUGGGUAAUCGCUAAACACUCACAUCUGGAUUCAUCUGGACAUGACUUACAUAUAAGGAAACGUCCAUAUUCACAUGUAUAAAGUAAAUGGGAAGAUUGGCAAGGUGAAUCGGCAAAUUCACAGGAUUCCCGGGUAAACAGGCAGAUUCACAGGAUUCCAGGAUGAAUAGUCAGAUUCUCAGGAUUUCAGGGUGAAUCGGCAGAUUCUCAGGAUUCCAUGAUGAAUAGGCAGAUUCUCAGGAUUCCAGGGUGAAUCGUUAGAUUCUCAGGAUUUCAGGGUAAACAGGCAGAUUCUCAGGAUUCCAGGGUGAAAUGGCAGAUUCACAGGAUUCCAGGAUGAAUAGGCAGAUUGGCAGAUUCUCAGGAGUUCAGGGUGAUUUGACAGAUUCUCAGGAUUUCAGGGUGAAUUGGCAGAUUCUCAGGAUUCCAGGGUGAAAUGGCAGAUUCUCAGGAUUCCAGGGUGAAUAGUCAGAUUCUCAGGAUUUCAGGGUGAAUCGUCGGAUUCACAGAAUUCCAGGGUAAACAGGCAGAUUCACAGGAUUCCAGGAUGAAUAGGCGGAUUCUCAGGAUUCCAGGAUGAAUAGUCAGAUUCUCAGGAUUUCAGGGUGAAUUGGCAGAUUCACAGGAUUCCAGGAUGAAUAGGCAGAUUCUCAGGAUUUCAAGGAGAAAUGGCAGAUUCACAGGAUCCCAGGGUAAACAGGCAGAUUCACAGGAUUCCAGGAUGAAUAGGCAGAUUCUCAGGAUUUCAGGGUGAAUUGGUAGAUUCUUAGGAUUCCAGGAUGAAUAGGCAGAUUCUCAGGAUUCCAGGAUGAAUAGGCAGAUUCUCAGGAUUCCAGGGUGAAUUGGCAGAUUCUCAGGAUUCCAGGGUGAAUUGGCAGAUCCUCAGGAUUCCAGGAUGAAUAGUCAGAUUCUCAGGAUUUCAGAGUGAAAUGGCAGAUUCUCAGGAUUUUAGUGUGAAAUGGCAGAUUCUCAGGAUUCCAGGGUGAAUAGUCAGAUUCUCAGGAUUCAAGGGUGAAUUGGCAGAUUCUCAGGAUUCCAGGAUGAGCAGGCAGAUUCUCAGGAUUUCAGGGUGAAUAGUCAGAUUCUCAGGAUUCAAGGGUGAAUUGGCAGAUUCUCAGGAUUUCAGGGUGAAUUGGCAGAUUCUCAGGAUUUCAGGGUGAAUAGGCAGAUUCUCAGUGUGAACCUACCUGUUCUCAUGGCAACUGAACAUAUUGUGACGGUGAAUUGGCCGGUUUGUUAAGGUUUCUCCUUGUGAAAUAGCAAACAGACAGAGUCUUAGAAUAAACAAGUUGAUUCUCAGGAUAAACAGUAUAAUUAUUGGGAUAAAUAUAAUGAAUUAUUCUUUGGACAGGCAGAUUAUUGCAGUUAAUGGGCCAAUUCUUACCCUGAACAAGCAGCGUAGUCUAGAGUUGAUCACAUCAUAUGUUUAUUUGGUAAUACUUGACCCUGACUGUUAAUGCUGUUUUUUUUUUCUGAUGUCCCUGCUUGAAUGCAGGUGAUUUGUUUCCAGAUAAAACUAUAAUGGGCUUCAGGGCUAUGUUCAAAAUUCCACAUUUUAUUUGAACAUACAGACUUUUUAAGCCCUCUUCGAUAUUAUGAUGUUUGUCAAGUCAAUGUUUACUAGAUUUGUGCAAACAUGUAUUUGAUGCAGUUCAUGUGAAUCAAAUUCCUUGUAAACCAAACCUGAAUGAAUCAGUCUAUCCUGGUCUGUAGAAAACUCCACAGGCGAUCCCAGGUAGAUCGAUUUGCUCGAGUGUAGAUUAAAAGGAAUUCAAUUCGGACGCAAAUAAAUGUUUAACAAUGCUAAUGUUACGCUUUAAAAUAUGCACAUAUUUUUAACAUCAUGAGGUCCUUUAUAAAUAUUGCAUUACAUGGUUUAAUGUCUGUAGAACUGCGUCGUUCCACAUCUCUCAUUUUACAUUGUUUUUACUCAGUGAUUUUUGGAGCAACCAAUUCUAACCCAAUCAGACCAGGUGGAGGUGGCACUGGAGGUGGAAUUUCCCAGAUUUCCCAAUCUCAAAGUCUAGGCUUAAAUUCCAGAGGAAGUUCAAAUGUUGUAUCAGGUGGUGGUUCUUCUGUAAAUUCGGUCAUCUUUGGAGCAGCCAUCAACCAACCUGUGAGAGGUGGUUCAGUUGCUACCGGUGGAGGUGGAAGUGCAGUAGGAGGUUCUUCGGGAGGAUCUUGGUCUUCUGGUGGAACUGGCGGGUCUUCGGGAGGAUCCUGGUCUUCUGGUGGAACUGGAGGGUCUUCGGGAGGAUCCUGGUCUUCUGGUGGAACUGGAGGGUCUUCUGGUGAGUAUCAACUGAAUACGUCAACUUUAGUAUUCAUGGAGAUUAGGAUUAAUGUAGUAACCAGAUAAUAUGGGAUCCAACACCCAUGCAUGAUUUCAUCAGCACAGAACAAAAUAUACUGUAUGGAUCAUAAAAUGUCACAACCAAUUUAAUAUUUCAAUGUUUACUUACCUGGUCUGACCAGACAGACCUUUAUUCACUAAACUUUACAUUGUAGUGCAAUGAAAACCACAUUGCAUAAUUGGCAGAAAAAAAGCUGAUCUGAAAAGGCUCACAGCUUGGUUUUUAUAGCUCACGUUUUGCAAUUUAGUUUUCUGCUCACUUUGAAUCAUGUUCAAUGAAUGUGUCGCAGUGCUAUGUAUAUAUUUCUCUAUUAUAAUCACUAUAUUUACUAGCUUAACAAACACAAGCUCCAACAAAGUAACACCUUAGGGCUACUAAACUGGUUCAUGGAUUGCAGGCUAAAACGUAUAAGGAAAGGUUAAAGGAUCUUAAAGGGACACUAUAGUCACCCAGACCACUUCGGCUCAAUGAAGUGGUCUGGGUGCCAGCUCCCUGAGGUUUUACUCUUCACAUGUAAACAUAGCAGUUUCAGAGAAACCGCUAUGUUUACAUUAGGGUUAAUCCAACCUCUAGUGGCUGUCUUCCUGACAGCCGCUAGAGGCGCUCCUGUGAUGUUGAAUGCAAAAUUUUUAUCCAGCGUGCAGAACCUCCAUCAUAAAGCAUUGAGAAAUGCUUUCUUAUGGACUGUUAAAAUGUGCGCGCAUGCACAUUCCGCUCCACUCAGGAGCUGAUGUCGGCGGGGAGGAGAGGUCACCAGCGCCGAUGGAGUCCGGCGCUGUAUUAAGGUAAGCUGCUGAAGGGGUUUUAACCCCUUUAGCCACGGGAGGGGGACCCUGAGGGUGAGGGUCCCCCAAGGAUGACAUAGUGUCUAUAGUGAUCCUUUGACAUAUAUAGGGAAUCAACACAGUAAAGGAAGAGAUUAUAUUCAAAAGAAGAAAAACUACCACAACAAGAGGACAUAGUCUUAAAUUAGAGGGACAAAGGUUUAAAAAUAAUAUCAGGAAGUUUUACUGUACUGAGAGGGUAGUGGAUGCAUGGAAUAGCCUUCCAGCUGAAGUGGUAGAGGUUAACACAGUAAAGGAGUUUAACCCCUUAAGGACACAUGACAUGUGACAUGUGUGACAUGUCAUGAUUCCAUUUUAUUCCAGAAGUUUGGUCCUUAAGGGGUAAAGCAUGUGUGGGACAGGCAUAAGGCUAUCCUAACUAUAAGAUAAGGCCAGGGACUAAUGGAAGUAUUUAGAAAAUUGGGCAGACUAGAUGGGCCGAAUGGUUCUUAUCUGCCGUCACAUUCUAUAUUUAUAUGUUUUACCAUGGUUAAAAAAAAUUAAAAAAUGUACGAAAAACGGAACUCUAAAUCCCAUGUCUUAUACCAUCCUGCAGUCAAUUGAGCACUGGGGGAGAGAUACACGGUAAGUCCUCCUCAUGUAGCAGGCAGAGACAGAUCGUUACUGGUGGACUCCUUGGAUAGAUAGUGUUAAGAUUUAUUGAUGUAUUAAUACUGGAACGUAGAAUGCUGGAGCCACUGAGACCUGCCCAUUGGUGUGCACUUUGACACAUUGUAUAACACAUCAUCUUGUAUUUACAGGAUCUUCACACUCAGGGAUGAAAUUUCCUAAUUCUGGGCGCUAGAAUGACUCGGGAAUCUCCAUCCAUGUGUUACAGUAUUUUCCUCAGUCUGGGGUUUAACGUCUCUGAAAACCAAGUUUUUUUGCUGGUUAGGUCGACAUUGGCCAUGUUAAUUAUUUUUUCUUUUGGCAUGUAUAACUGCGCCUAUAUUCAACCAACUUUUGUACACAAACAAGUACACACAGAAUAAAUUGUAUAUAUUUAUUUUUGUACCAAAUCUCCCUGUUUCGGCCAUUUCCUGGCUGGAGAGAAUGAAGUCCAUUUAAUUAGCCGUGCACCGCGCUCUCUGCACCAGUUUGCACUUUGUCCUUGGCUGCAGGAUUGCAAACACUGCUGACCCCUGACCUUUCAUUUGACCCCCCCUUAAUUAGCUCUUAAGAGAGCAUCAUGUGUUAUAUAGUUUGUUUUUGUAUUUGUACUUUUGCAAAAAAAAUGUAAAGCCUGAUGUUCAAACCUUUUGUUGCGAGAUAAACAAUAAAAAUUAAAAUCGAUGGUGUUGUUCGGUAGAGUGUUAGCAUUUCCUUUAACAGUUUAAAAUAUACAACAGAU